AUGGCUGCCAGGUCUACUAGGAUUGGCCUGCAACUUACACAAUCUCAACCGACCCUACUCAAGUCACACCAUGUGUCGACACGGUCACAGCGAGCCUUGUCCUCAGCAGCCCUCAUAGCACGACCUCACCGACCAUCAUCCUCCAAGCUCGCAACACUCGCGGUCUCUCCCUCGUCUUCGACAAGCACACCGGCCUCCUUUUUCACACCCUCGCUGUGCCGCACACGCCAGGCAUCGACUUCCACCGACUCUCCGCGACCGUCCUCUGACUUCCUCGACUGGAAUGCCUUCUUCCGACUCCGCCAAUCUCGACGCCGUUAUGCCCUGACCUCCUCCAUAAUCACGUCGGUGGUGUCUACGGGUGGUGCGAUCGCCGCAUUUUCGGAACUACCAGACCUGGCUGACCAGAUUACAAAACUGGUGCCAACAGAUCCCUUUAUCAGCAUGGGACUUGCAACGUUUGGCGCAACCUUUCUUGGGUGGCUCAUUGGCCCGGCGUUUGGCAAUUCACUAUGGAAACUGCUUCAUCGGAGCCGUCUCCCAGAGUUCACGAUAAAAGAACGAGCGUUCUUCGAAAGGAUAAAAAAGCACCGGGUCAAUCCUAGCGGCGCGAGCACCAACAAUCCUGUUCCGGACUUCUAUGGUGAAAAGAUAUCAAGCGUGGCUGGAUAUCGCAAUUGGCUGAAGGACCAGAGAGCGUUCAACCGGAAAAGAGGUGGAAACUACGCAUCGACGGUCUGA